AUGUCUAAACAGUUGAUUUUGGUCACUGGUAUAUCUGGCUUUAUAGGAGGGCAUGUCGCUGAAGAACUGUUGAAGCAUGGAUUUCGAGUGCGAGGAACUGUGCGAGGAGCCAAAUACCACACUUUUGUCAACACGGUUAAGAGGCCUGAUCUGGAAUUCGUCGAGGUGGAUGAUGUCGUCACGGGAGAUUUUACCAAGGCAUUGGAAGGCGUGGAAGGUGUAAUUCAUACUGCAUGUCCGCUUCCAGGAAAGAAGAACCUGGAGGAACUAUUAUCUAUUGCUGUGCAGGGUACUUUGAAUGUUGUUCGUCAGGCUCAGCAGGCCGGGGUGAAGAAGAUUGUGGUCACAAGCUCCUUUGGUGCUCUUCUUAGUCCCACACACAUGCCUGCCUUUCAUGGAAUCAACUUCACUGAAAACAUGUGGGGAGAAGUCGACGAUCAAGAACUCGAGAAAAACAAGGACGAAAAAUACUACGUAUACUUCACCGCCAAAAUCAAAGCAGAAAGGGCACUAUGGGCGUUUGCUUCGGAACACCCAGAGCUCGAAGUCGCUACAAUCCUCCCUGGAUGUGCUAUAGGGCCAUAUGCUCAAACAUUCCCACUGCCUGCCAAUAGCGACACAAUGGCUACAAACGACUUUGUCCUUCUCGUUCUCAGCAAACAAGAACCGCCAUUCGCUCCGAACUGGAUGGUCGAUGUUAGGGACGUCGGCAAAGCGCAUGUCCUCGCAUUGGAAAAACUCCCUCUACCUAGCGAGGACCCCAAAAGGUUCACUGUUAACUCUGCGACGUAUACAUGGGGUGCCGCCGCUGCGUACAUCAAAGAGUCCCGUCCAGAACUGGCGGAUAGAUUGUUCCCCUUGGAGGAUAUCAAGCCGCUUCCUGGUGUGCUGUCUACAUUGGACACGACGAGAGCUAAGGAGAUUCUAGGAUUCGAUGAAUUUAUACCUGUGGAGAAGGCUCUCGAUGAAGCUGUGAAUGCAGUUUUGGAGUUGGAGAAACGAUGGUCAAGUAACGACAUUUGA